CCUCCCCUCCCUAACAUCGCCCACCCUUCCAGACCCCUCUUGAUUUAAACAGUUAGUAAACGUCCUCCUUACAGCUGAUGUUUUCUCGUCUCGACAUCCUUGCCUCACUACGUUUUCUACCACUUUUCCUCCUCCUCCUCCUACAUGGGUCGCCACUACCACCUUGAUGAGAUAGUUACUAAGAGACGAAAGAGAGAGAGAAAAAAAAAAAAAAAAACACACACACACAAACACACUCCCUACACCGGUAAUAAAUCACUAACAUUCUACUAACUUGUGUAGGUUAUGGGAAUACAAGUGCGUAGAGAUUAAAAAUACAAAUAAUCUCCACCUAAGCUGUGGACAAAGUAACGUAACGAGAUAACGUAUUUAAAAGGCUGUGACUCUCUUGGGGAGCUAAAGAAUAAGAGAAGUCCUAUUUGAAUAAGAGCAUUGAUGUUUACUAGGCGAGACGCCUCUUUGGCCUGUACGUACGGACGGGAUCUCCAGCUCGUGCUCCCCAGGGUGUUGAUAUGAAUGAAAUAUCUUUUUCGAGGGGAUAUGUUAGGCUAACACUACAGCCCUUACUGCCGAGGGGUGAGAAGAGGCCCCGCGGGUGGUGCCGGGAAGAACGGUGCAUGGUGCACGGGAGAAGUGGAUCUCGAAAUUUAGGGGGGGAAAGUGCCAGGGUGUGUGACGCAGGAGUCAUCCAAUUCCUCCGCUGAUAGGCAACUGUCGUAUCUUCACAACGCUGAUAAAAUGCAAGAAAACAACAAAUUAACUAAAAUUAAAUAUAUAUAAACUAAAUAAGAUAAACUGUAUGAAGCUAUCACGCCUACGUGGGUCAGUUUCCAAAUGCCAUUCUUAUCUAGAAAUAUUUUCUUUUAAAGCUUGUUAAUGACUACACUAACAACUUGAUUACUGGGUGUGAGGGAAUCGUCAACCAUGUAAGCACCCCUCUAACUACUGUGGUAAAGGGAGAGGAAUGAUUGUCCUUCCUCCACCUUAAGGGCGGUGUGUCUCGGUCACGGUUUCUCUUCCUUCUGAAUCCUCGAGCAGCUGACUCCUCGUGAGACAGCGUCACCGCUUCGGAGCAAAGCCUCGAGUGCCUUCAUCACCAUUCCCCUCCCUCCUUGGUAGGGAUACUCUGCAGGAGCUGAGAUAGUGAGGCCAGCAGACACAAGGAGGCACACAGCUCUCAUCACUUGCCACCAUUACGCAUUUGUUCAGCUGUUCUUUUCUAUCGCAACGCAACGCAACGCAAGGUAAGCAAGAGAACUCAUCCUUCAGGCCACGCUGGGUUCCUAACGACAGGUGAGGUGGAGCAGGCGGCCUCCUCCAUGCGCGAUGGAGGGCUGUCACUCACUGCCAGAUGUGUCGUCAGUAUUGAUGUCUUUCUCGUGACAUCCCGCCCGUGAGGCACUGAACAGAGGGCAGUGAAGCGUGAGAGAGCAGCUGUUGCAUCGACCAACGCUGCACCCGACACCUCGCGCCACUCCAGGCCCCGAAGUCUGCUGGGGCUGAAAGGAUCCCCACCUGCCCCGCGGCGUGAGGGGGCGUGAGAGAGGAGGAGCAGGUGUCCGAGGAAGGCGGAGAAUGCAUGUAAUGUUGAUGCAGCGUGGUGUGCCCGGGAGGAGGCGCCAACGUGAAGGAAUGUACAUAUGCAACAACCGCAGCCACCCUGCAGUACUCUUGGGUUAACCCGACGUCGAGGAGUUAAGAGCAAAGGAGCAGCAUGGUUGGGCUGCACACCCCGUCCUGCAGCCUCAAGGCACUCACCUCUCCUUUUCCAGUCAUGGGUGCCUUGCCUCCUCCUUGCAACACCACCACCACCACCACCACCACUGCUGCCAUCACCUACGAGGGGGAGAGACUGUGAUGUGGCUGCGGGUGGCUAGGUUCGGAGGCCUCCAGAGAGCUGCCCAGAGUGAAGCUUGUGGUAUAGAGGGAUAGCUGCUGAUCAUCAAGCUUACAUAGUGACUGGAGGAAAGUGGGAGGAGCCUGGAGGGAGUGAUGGAGGUACAGUGUAGCCGCACCGGCUGGGCAUCAAUUGGCUCUCAGGUGAUCUGUUUUACUGAUCACACCCAUCAUCGUAGGGUCGAGGAAAGGCAGUUCUCUCUCUGACGUUUAUUGAUGAGGCCUGAGCCCAGACCGAGACCCAGAGAAAUGUAAACAAACGCAGUCAGACUUGAUAUACGGGUGAAUUUGUUGCUUUUUAGAGGGGCAAUGGAUCUGUACAUGCGUGAGGUGGCGAGGGGCGUGGCCAGGGGGCGGCUAGCAGCGUGUGCCACCAGGGAAAUGUGUAUGAACAUAAAAAAAGGCGCCUGUCAAGAAAGGCACAGAUGCAGGGUGGUGAGGCAGUGUUCAUCCCAGGGGCACACCACACAGGGUCAGCAACACAGGUGGUGGUGGAGAGGCACCUGUGGGACGCCAAACACGACCUUGACAGACAGAAGUUUAUUGGUGAAGUGUGAAAGAGGAGGAAGGAACAAUGAUAUUCGACCAGCUGCGGCAUCUGGGGGGUUCACUUGACUGGGACAGCUGUGUUUACAAUGGAUGCAGCGAGAGACUGGCCUGUGUGUCUGUCUGUACAUCCUGACGGAAGCGUUUGUCCGUCCGUACGAUACUGGGCCGGUGUACCGCAAGGAGGCUCUCGUCAACUGGUGCUGCAGCCUUCAGUCGGCCAUCUUGGACAUUGAAGUGGACCACCUGCGCCUGACAGGACCCACGGAGCUGGCAGUCCCGGGGUACAGCAAACCGGUCAGCUUCGGAAAGAUGUGGGACUUCCCUUACAGACUGGCAGACUCAGGCACACCCUUGACCUCCAUGUCCACCCAGCAGGAGGAAGAUCUGGACACCUGGUUCUCCUCUGGUCCCUCCCUUUGCCUCGCUGGGCUGGCCGGGUCAGGGGAGGGGAGAGACCAUGCCUGACCUUGCUCGCUUCUACGCAACGACCUUGAAGACGGGUCACGGCAUCCUCUUCUGGCUGGCUCAGGUGGUCAUGCCGGGACUUGACUUGAUGGGGGAGGCUUUCCUUUGAGACUGUGCUGCUGCAUGGCCUCCUGGGUGAUGGUGGUGGCCACAAGACGUCCAAGUCCUGGGGCAAUGUGAUAAACCCCCUGGAUGUGAUCAGUGGGGCGUCCCUGGAGGUACUGUGCGAGAGGGUGGAGGGGACCCUGAAUGCGGAAGAGGUACUCGCUUGUCUCGUAUGAAGUCCCCCACAGGCAUCCCAGAGUGUGGAGCUGAUGCCCUUUGCUCCACCCUGUGCUCCACCAACUUCAGGAGUCAGUGUGGCAUAGAUAGAUGUGGAUGACUGUGGUGUCUUGUCUUGUGUGGAGUUACAAGCUGCACACCCCGUCCUGCAGCCUCAAGGCACUCACCUCUCCUUUUCCAGUCAUGGGUGCCUUGCCUCCUCCUUGCAACACCACCACCACCACCACCACUGCUGCCAUCACCUACGAGGGGGAGAGACUGUGAUGUGGCUGCGGGUGGCUAGGUUCGGAGGCCUCCAGAGAGCUGCCCAGAGUGAAGCUUGUGGUAUAGAGGGACAGCUGCUGAUCAUCAAGCUUACAUAGUGACUGGAGGAAAGUGGGAGGAGCCUGGAGGGAGUGAUGGAGGUACAGUACUUGGAGAGAAAUCCCUUCACCAUGACAACUGGGUGUCUGCUGUACAGGCCACUGACCAAUGGCGAGAGAGGGAGAGGGAGACUGGCUAAUGGUGGAUGAGAGAGAGAGGAGAAGAGAGAGAGAGAGAGAGAGAGAGAGAGAGAGAGAGAGAGUCAUGAUAAAGGAUAUUGAGCACAGACUUCACCACUGGGUCGACUCUGGGGGCCACGUUCUUCUGCUAGGGAAGUACUGGCCGGUUGGUGGCUGCGGCUGUUCACGCACUCGCUCUUGCUGUGGCUGGCAUGCUGUUCUGUCCUCUGUUCUUCCAGGAAUUGCUGUCUGAGGUGUGUGUGUGUGUGUGUGUGUGUGUGUGUGUGUGUGUGUGUGUGUGUGUGUGUGUGUGUGUGUAGAAGCCAUCAUGAUCAACCACAGCAGGUGAUAAUGAUGGUUCCUGCUUUCAUCGUCAUCGGGGCUAGCCAGACCAACCUGGGGCUGUACUCUGGGGUGACGCUGUAUGCCUCAGGUGGGUCUGGAGGGGCUGGGAUAGUUGGUAACAAUUAAAAAAGACUAGUAUACACACAAACCAUUACAAACACUAUGUAAUGCUGGUAUACACGCACAAACAGACAAUUAAGACAGGUAUACACUUAGAGACAUAUACAAACACUUGCUAUUGGUUGUAUAUUCUUAGAAACACACACACGCUUACUAAGUCUGGUAUACACACACAAACUUGUAUACAAACACUGGGAUACACUUAGAGACGCAUCCAUACACUUGCUAAAUCUGAUAUACACACAUAAACUCAUAAGAGAUGCUGGUAUAUGCUCAGAAAUCUAUACACAUUAAGUAAGGUUAGUAUACACAAACCUAUACAUAUAUUAGGAAUUUAUGUUCAAUGAUAGAGAUGACUAGUACUCUCUCUCUCUCUCUCUCUCUCUCUCUCUCUCUCUCUCUCUCUCUCUCUCUCUCUCUCUCUCUCUCUCUCUCUCUCUCUCUCUCUCUCUCUCUCUCUCUCUCUCUCUCUCUCUCUCUCUCUCUCUCUCUCUGUCUCUGUCAAUCACGAUCUACAAAACUCAGACGAUGACCAAGUAAGUGCUCAAGUGAAUAGGUAAUGUUCAGUGUGUAUGUAUGUGUGUGUGUGUGUGUGUGUGUGUGUGUGUGUGUGUGUGUAGAAGCCACCAUCAUCAACCACAGCAGGUGAUAAUGAUGUUUCCUGCUUUCAUCGUCAUUGGGGCUAGCCAGACCAACUUGGGGCUGUACUGGGGUGACGCUGUGUGCCUCAGGUGUAUCUGGAGGGCUGGUAUAGUGAGAAGGUAACAAUUAAAAAAGACUAGUGUACUCUUAAACCAUUACAAACACUAUGUAAUGCUGGUAUACAUACACAAACACUGGUUUACACAUAGAGACAUAUAUAAACACUUGCUAUGGUUUGUAUACUCUUAGAAACACACACAAACCCUUAAUAAGUCUAGUAUACACACAAACUUGUAUACAAACACUAGUAUAUAUUUAGAGACACGUCCAAAUCUUUGCUAAGUCUGAUAUAAACACACAAACUCAUAAGAGAUGCUGGUAUAUGCUUGGAAAUCUAUACACACAUUAGGUAAGACUAGUAUACACAAAUCUAUACAUAUAUUAGGAAUUUAUUGAAUGAUUGAGAUGAUUAGUACUCUCUCUCUCUCUCUCUCUCUCUCUCUCUCUCUCUCUCUCUCUCUCUCUCUCUCUCUCUCUCUCUCUCUCUCUCUCUCUCUCUCUCUCUCUUUCUCUCUCUCUCUCUCUCCUUCUCUCUCUCAUAUCCUUUGUCUAUCUCAAAUUUUCUCUUUUAAUCUCUCCCUCUCUGUCUGUCUGUCUGUCUGUCUGUCCCACACCUCAAUACACCCUUCCUGUCUUCAUACACUUUAGUACACCCUUCCUGUCUGCCCCUGGACCUUAAUACACCCUGUAUCACCCCUGCAUCUCAUUAAACUAUCCCUAUUUCUCCUUCACCUCAAUAAACCCUGUCUAAUUUCCCUGUCUAGCUGUUUGUCUCAUCUUAUUACACCCUGUCUCUCCCUGCUUCUUGUUGCACCCUUCCUUUCCCCUACUCCUCAAUACUCCCUUCCCACCCUGUGUCAUGUGUAUAUAUUUAAAUAUUUAUAUUCAUUUGUGGCAUUCUUCAUGUGUUUUUGGAGUGUUUUGGGGUGUUUGGGUGUGUUUUGGAUGAGUUUUGGGGUGUUUUGGGUGUCUUUUGGGGUGUUUGGGUCAGUUUUGGGUGUGUUUUGGGGUGUUUUGGGGUGUUUGGGUCAGUUUUGGGUGUGUUUUGGGGUGUUUUGGAGUGUUUUGGUGUGUUUUGGGGUGUUUUGGUCAGUUUUGGGUGUGUUUUGGGUGUGUUUUUGUCAGUUUUGAGUGUGUUUUGGAGUGUUUUGGUCAGUUUUGAUGAGUUUGGGUGUGUUUUGGGGUAUUUUAAGUGUUUUUUUGGGUAUUUUAAAGGAGUUUGGGUGUGUCUUGGGUGGCUAGGGAUGUGCUGCGGGUGGAUAAGGCUGUUUCUGGGUGUUUAAGUGGGUGUGGAUGCGUUUUGGGGUGUAGAGAGAUAGACGUGAUGUGUGCAAGGUGUCUCAGUCCCUGGAUGGGUGUAGCAGUGUGUGGUGGUGCUGUCUGUGUCUCGUGGUGUGGGAGUGCAUGUAAAGGAACAGAUAAUUUAAGACAGUUUAUCAUAUUUAAUUAUUUUGUUUAUUAAUUUAUUUACUAUUAUCAUUAUUUUUUAUUGUUUUUAAAGGGGGGUUAAUUUUUACGUUCAUCUUUUGUGUUCGGGAGUGGUUAGUGGUGCUAUUGACAAAAAAAAAGAAAAACAGGGAGAUCGUUUUAUUUUUUAGUGUGGAAAUUGUUGCAGUUUGUCAGGUGUUGAUUGGUGUUGAGAGUCGCAGGUCCCGUCUCGCCCUCUGUCAUAAAAUAAACAAUAAAGGGUUGAUUUUC